UAUUUACCCACCACAGUAGGCUCACCAGCUUGCUACCUGAUACAGAGCACUGUCAGGAGUUAGGUGUCUUAAAAUCGUUCCGGGGUUUCGCUAAGGAGGCACACUCCGAGAACCAAGACGGGGUUUGGUUGUCAUAAUGAAGGUUUGGGAUUUAGUUCAGAUGAAGAUUUGAAGAAAUUGUACAGACCACACGGUUUUCCCUCGCCCCAUAUCCGGUUUUUGUUGGACAAGGAAAGACAUGGACUCCUUCAGCACCAAGAGCCUGGCGCUGCAGGCCCAGAAGAAGCUGAUGAGCAAGAUGGCCACCAAGAGCGUGGCCAACAUUUUCAUCGACGACACCAGCAGCGAGGUGCUGGACGAGCUGUACCGCGUCACCAAAGAGUACACGCGCAACCGCAAGGAGGCCCAGAAGAUCAUCAAGAACCUCAUCAAGAUGGUGGUGAAACUGGGCGUGCUGUACAGGCACAACCAGUUCAGCAGCGAGGAGCUGAUGGUGGUGGAGAACUUCCGCAAGAAGGUGCACACGCUGGCCAUGACGGCGGUCAGCUUCCACCAGAUCGAGUUCACCUUCGACCGGCGGGUGAUGAGCAACAUCCUCAACGAGUGCCGGGAGCUGCUGCACCAGGCCAUCAACCGCCACCUCACCGCCAAGUCCCACUCCCGCGUCAACCACGUCUUCAACCACUUCUCCGACUGCGACUUCCUGGCGGCACUCUACGGCCCAUCGGACGUCUACCGCCCGCACCUCCAGAAGAUCUGUGACGGCCUCAACAAGAUGCUGGACGACGGCAACCUUUGACCUUCUUUUGCUAAACCUAAUUUUCUUUUCUUUUUUUACAUGUUGUUUGUAUGAUCAUAUCUUUGCUUUUUGUGUGUGUCCCCCCCCC